UUCGAAGGUUUACACAUAUGAUCACCAAUCGAAGAUGGCGGAUGAAAAUACGGCCGGGUACUCGACAAACGACGAGGAAGAAUUACGGCUGUUAGGGGAAGGAGGAGACGCGGAGAAAAAGAAAAACGCAAAGCAAGAUGAAAAAGCUGGCGGUUCAACAUGGCUGAAAAUGAAUCUGAAGUUACUUAUCGGUGUUCUUUCUGUUUUAGCGUUGGUUGUUCUUGGCGUCGUCGUCGGAGCUGUGAGCAAUAGACACACUAAAAAUAAAUUAGGUCGGCUGGCUAGAAACGAAUUUCCAUAUCCUGACCUCAGGUUACCGGGAGAUUUAGAGCCAUUGCGAUAUAGAAUAUAUUUGCACCCAAAUUUAACAACGUUCAACGUUUUUGGUUCAACAAGAAUUCUGUUCCGCUGUUUGAAGCCAACAAAAAAAGUCAUACUUCAUUUUAAAGAAAACACAAUAACUGACGUCCGUUUACUGAACAAUUCUUAUCUGGACAGGCAGUUGAAUAACGAUGACUUGCUUGUAAAAGGUGAAUUUUCGACGAACCAAGAGAAGGAAUUACUGGUCAUUCAAACAGAAAAAGAUUUAGAAGUUGGAAAAAAUUACACGUUAGUUGUUUUGUAUAAUGGGACACUUCAAGAAAAGUUACAAGGGUUUUACAGAAGUUCGUACAAAACCAAAAGCGGGGAAACAAGGUACAUCGCUACGACGCACUUCGAAUCCUCCGCAGCCCGUACCGCCUUCCCAUGUUUUGAUGAGCCGGCAAUGAAAGCAACAUUCAAAAUCAUUAUUGUGAAGUCGCCCGAACACAACGCAGUCUCAAACAUGCCGAUCCUUGCAACUAAAGUCCGCCGUGAUGGCCUUGAGGUGGUUCAUUUUGAGGAAAGUGUCAAAAUGAGCACAUAUGUUGUUGCAUUCGUUGUUCACGACUUCAAAAGCAUCGAAUCUGUUUCUUCAAGAGGAAUUAAGAUUCGAAUCAUUGCCCCAGAGGACCAGAUCAGUCAAGCGACGUUCGCAAGCCAGACUGCUCCAAAAGUGCUUGAUUUCUACGAGAAAUUCUUCAAAAUCAAUUUCCCGUUAAACAAACUCGAUUUGAUUGCCAUCCCCGAUUUCGCAGCUGGAGCCAUGGAGAACUGGGGCCUAAUUACGUAUCGAAUGACGUCAUUGCUUUAUGACAAGGAAGAAUCUUCGGACUCAAAUAAGCAAUGGGUUGCUAUCGUGAUAGCACACGAAAUUGCUCAUCAGUGGUUCGGUAACCUAGUAACCAUGGACUGGUGGAAUGACCUUUGGCUUAAUGAAGGUUUCGCGACUUUUAUGGAAUAUUUUUGUACUGAUGACAUUUUCAAAGAGUGGCAGAUGAUGGACCAGUUUGUCAUUACCCAUGUCCAGAGAUCUCUGACAAUGGACGCACAUGCCGAUUCGCAUCCGAUUUCUGUCCCAGUUAAAGAUCCGAAAGAAAUCAAUGCCAUAUUCGAUGCAAUUUCAUAUGAUAAGGGGUCAUCGAUCAUUCGCAUGUUGAAGGAUUACUUGGGUGCAAAGGAGUUUGAUGCUGGCCUACAGAACUAUUUGAAUAUUCACAAAUUCGCCAAUGCGAAAUCGGACGAUCUUUGGUCUUCUCUGGCUAAGGCCACAGGUGAUGUUGUUGACGUCAAAGCAAUGAUGGACACAUGGACACUUCAAAUGGGUUUCCCAGUCGUUAUGCUGAAGAAAGACCCAAAAAAUGCUGGGAAAUGUUUUGUGACACAGCAGCAUUUCAUGACAGCUAAGAACGCAAAGCCAUCAAAAUCAUCGCCUUUUGGAUAUAAAUGGGAUAUCCCAGUUACGUAUAUGACAAAAGCAGCAAGAGAUGUUGUUUUCUUCAACCGAUCAAAAGAGCAAUUAGAUUUUCCCUGUCCAAAACCGGGUGAGUGGAUCAAAAUCAACAUUGACACAAAAGGAUUCUUCAGAACAAACUACGAAGUCGAAAAUUGGAAGCUCUUGAGUGAACAACUGCUGAAGAAUCAUUCGAUCUUCAGUUCCUCUGAUCGUGCCAACCUUAUCGACGAUGCCUUUGAACUUGCCAGGACUGAUAUGUUGAGCUACCAAGUUGCACUUGAUUUGACAAAAUACUUCAGCAAAGAGCAAGACUACGUACCAUGGAACUCACUCAUGGCCUCGUUAGGGUAUAUUUCAUCCAUGUUGGAAGGGAGGCCAGGAUAUGCCUAUUACGAGCAAUAUAUAUUAAAGAUUAUUCAGCCUCUUGUAAAGAAAUUAGAAUGGAAAGAUGAGGGAACACAUUUAGAGAGAUAUCUGAGAGGCCUCAUUCUCGGUUCUGCGGUCAAGCACAAUGAUACAUCAGCGAAAACGAGGGCCCUGGAACUGUUCCGUGAUUUCAAGACAAAAGGAACGCCAUUGCCUCCUAAUCUGAAAGGAUCUGUCUAUGCCGCUGGAAUAAAAUAUGGAACAGAAGAUGACUGGAAUUUCCUCUGGCAAAGGCGAGAAAAGACGUUGGUUUCGACAGAGAAGAGGAAAAUUUUGUUUUCAUUGUCAGAGACUGAGGAUCCCAAACUAUUGAAAAAGUACUUGGACAUGGCUUUGGACAGUUCAAAAGUCCGGGCUCAAGAUUCGUCAUCCGUCAUCAUUGGUGUUGCUUCGAACAGAGUCGGUCAGAAGUUAGCUUGGGACUUCACAUUUAAGAACUGGAACACAAUAUUCGAAAGAUAUGGUGGGGAUUCAUUUGAUAUAUCAGAAAUCAUUGAAUCCGUUUUUGGUAGCGCAAAAACAAAUAAAGAAAAAAAUCAGGUACAAGAAUUCUUCAAGACGCACCAAACGGGCACAGGGCAACGAGCGUUAAACCAGGCUUUAGAAAGCAUCCAGAAUCACAUUAAUUGGCUGGAUGGACAUGAAAAGGAGGUUGUCGAGUGGCUGAAGAAACAAGUUUAGUUUUGUUGCCGUUAGAGAUAUCAUAUUUAUUUUGGUGUUGGGUGCAAAUAUUUCUGGGGCCUGGUACUGGCUGUUGAUUAAUGACGUAAUUUUGUACUGGAUACAGAAGCCAUACCUCUCGCACAUUCACAAUGCCCUUAAGGAUAUCGGCUUGAUUUUUAGUUGAUGACGCCAUAUGAGGAUCAAAACCAUUUACAAGCCUGAAUUUACUCGAAGACGAUCCUAAGGCAUUUUAAGGUAUAAGUUAAAUCACCUUGAGAAAGAUUUGAGAAAACAUUUUCAUAAUUACUCAGGCUUACUUAAAUCAAAGGCUAUCCGAAGAAAUGUUAGUAAAAGUUGUUUUUCCUCGGGAAAGGAUUUUCUUCUCAAAAAAUACAUAUUCACUUUGGGAAAUACAUAUCCACAAAGGUCAUAGUGAAUCAUUUCCGGUCAAAGGUCAUAGAUCAAAGGCUAUGUUUUUGACCUUUCGUAUCGAAAUUUUCAUAUUGAUAUCGACUCUAUUUUAUUGCUGGCUCAGUACCUUAUUAGCAUUUUAAAAACCUAGAACUUUUUGUGUUGGUUGGCAAAGAAUCGUUUUUAAAAUGUCUAGUUGUUUUUCCACUAGUAACAGACAACCCCCCCCCCCCCUUGAACCCUCCUCUUUUUCACGUCAAACCUCCUUAAAGAGUGAAUUUAACCCUCCCCUUCUUAACUUCUUCACAACAAAUAUCCACCAACACUUCCUUAUAUGGACAACGGCGUACACCUCCCUAAAACAGACACCUCCCUGCAUCUUACACCUCCCUGCAUCGGACACCACCCUGCAGCGGACACCACCCUGCAACGGACACCUUCCUGUAUCAAACACCUUCCUGCAUCGGACACCUCCCUACAGAGGACAUCUCUCUGUACCGGACAGUUUUGUCCUUCCAUUGUAAGUUUCAGAAAAUUUUACAGUGUAUAUGAGUGAUGACCUCAUUAUCCGAUUUUGUCCUUUGACCUCAUUGUCCGACUUGUUGACUUCUUCAUCACAACAUUUCAUUGAAAUGUUUUCUUCUGUAUGAAAUUAUAUUUCCUUGUAUUUAAGACUUGUUGUAUACUUAAUAUGUUGUAUAUUUCAAUUCACUAAUAUUUAUUUGUAUCAACCGGA